CGCCCCCCACCACACGCACACACACACACACCCCACCCCCCGCAAGCCGUGCCCAAAUGCCGAGGAAUGGACACCGAGUCUGGCAAAGAGGGGAACAUGGUGGAGAGUGACGAGGUGCCGGAGAGGGCGAGUGGCCGCGACGAGGCGAUGGCCGCGCUACAGCAGUGCGAGCUCAUCCAGGACAUGAUCGAGAUCUCCAUCUCCAGCUUGCAGGGGCUCCGGACCAAGUGCGCCGCGUCCAACGACCUUACCCAGCAAGAAAUACGCACUUUGGAGGUAAAGCUGGUGAAGUACAUUUGCAAGCAACUGCUGUGCAAGCAAAAAGUGCCUGCGAGUGAAAGGUCCCAAGCUCUGGACAGCUACCCACGGCUCAGGGACUGGCUGAGAACCAUCAACCUGCGUUCUGAAGUCAUACAGGCAGUGCCGGUCAAGCUCUCCCUGGAUGCCUUGCUGCAGAUGUCAAGCUCUCAGGUUCGGGAGACCAUGAAGAGACUAGGCUCCAGCUCAGAGGAGUGCUCCCGUCUCAGUGCUGCCCUCUCCUGUCUGAAGAGAGCCAGCGAGUCAGGUGGCGAGCUGAAGGAGGACCUUGGGCCCUGGAUUUCGGAGCCCACGAGGAGAGACAGUAGUACGACUCCUCCCACAGAGCAGCUGCCCUGCCCUGGGGGGCACCUGCGUCCCCACAGCCCCUCGCCACUGGCUCGGCCCCCGUGCACAGCGCCCGGCCCCGGGGCCCAGCCCCGCUCCAUCUCGGCAUCAGCCGUGCCCUCCUCAGACUGCCUGGCUCACCCCCUCUUCGCCGACGGCCUGGGCGACCCCUUCCCGCCCUCCCCGCGGCCCGGGCGCUCGGGCCUCGCCAGCACGCCGCCCGUCACGCCGCCCUCCAAGAGGAAGAGCAGGCUGAAGCCCCCCCGCACGCCGCCCCCGCCCUCGCGCAAGGUGCUGCACCUGCUGCCCACCAUCACCACCCUCACCCGCAGCAAGUCCCACGAGUCGCAGCUGGGCAACCGCAUCGAUGACGCGCCCACCAGCAAAACCCCGAUGUCCUCCCGUAGCCCAAAGACCUACUGGUGUGGGAAGAAGAGCAAGCUGUUCCUCAACGUGCACAUGAACGGCAGCGGGAACAGUUCUGAGGACUCCCCCUCCCGGUCGCCCCUGAUCUCCGCGAGGACCCCCGGCGCCUCCCCCGCUGCCUUCGGCCUGCCGGGCACCCCCACGCUUCUCGAAGAGCACAUCAUCAAGAAUAAUGUAGCUGUCCAUCGAGGGUCUCCGCAGGCUGUCAGAAGGGAUAUUGGUUUAGCCAUCACGCACAGGUUCUCCACAAAGUCGUGGCUGUCGCAGACGUGCCAGGUGUGCCAGAGGAACAUGAUGUUCGGCGUUAAGUGCAAACACUGCAAGUUGAAGUGCCAUAACAAAUGUACGAAAGAAGCCCCUUCCUGCCGAAUAUCGUUUCUCCCAAUCGCAAAGAUCCGCAGGACGGAGUCGGUGCCAUCGGACAUCAACAACCCCGUGGACCGGCCGGCGGAGGCGCCGCAGUUCGGCACCCUCCCGAAGGCCAUAACCAAAAAGGAUCACGCGCCGGUGCUGAACCAGCUCGACUCCAGCAGCAACCCCUCCUCCACCACCUCUUCCACUCCUUCCUCCCCGGCCCCCUUCCAGCAGAGCAACCCCCCCAGCGCCACGCCGCCCCCCAACCCCUCGCCCAAGGGGCCCCGCGACAGCCGCUUCAACUUCCCCGCUGCCUGCUACUUUCAGCAUAGACAGCAGUUUAUCUUCCCUGAUGUGCCCAGUUCACCACAACCAGUGAUCCUACACCCUGAAGGGAUACAAGACAAUGUUGAGAUGGAUCCCACAGCAAAAGAGGAUAGCGAGUCUCAGAGGUCCGGAGAGCAGGAUGCAGGGGAAAACAAGGAGGCCGAGGAGGAGGAGGGGGAGGAAGAGGAGGAGGAGGAGGAAGGGGAGGGGGACGAAGAGGGAGGGGGGAAGGGAGGCUCGGAUGGCGAGUACGAGGCCGACGAACUGGAUGACCUGCCCAGCCAGUGGAGCCACUGGAAGGGCCCCAUCUCCCGCAAGGCCAGCCAGACCAGCGUGUACCUGCAGGAGUGGGACAUCCCGUACGAGCAGCUGGAGCUGGGCGAGCUCAUCGGCAAGGGCCGCUGGGGGAAAGUGCACAAGGGCCGCUGGCACGGGGAGGUGGCCGUGCGCCUGCUGGAGAUCGACGGCAACAACCAGGACCACCUCAAGCUCUUCAAGAAGGAGGUGAUGAACUACAGGCAGACGCGGCACGAGAACGUGGUGCUGUUCAUGGGCGCCUGCAUGAACCCGCCCCACCUGGCCAUCAUCACCAGCUUCUGUAAAGGACGGACGCUGUACUCUGUUGUGAGAGAUGCCAAAAACACACUGGACAUCAACAAGACAAGGCAGAUUGCUCAGGAAAUUGUAAAGGGAAUGGGCUACCUUCAUGCAAAAGGCAUUGUGCACAAGGACUUGAAGUCCAAGAACGUCUUUUAUGACUCGAACAAAGUGGUCAUCACAGAUUUCGGACUUUUCGGAAUGUCUGGAGUUGUCCAGGAAGGGAGGAGGGAGAAUGAGCUGAAGGUGCCUCAUGGCUGGAUCUGCUACCUGGCUCCCGAGAUCGUGCGCAGGAUGUCCCCCGGAGGGGACGAGGACCGCUUGCCCUUCUCCAACGCGGCCGAUGUCUACGCUUUCGGCACUAUCUGGUACGAGCUGCAGGCUCGGGACUGGCCCAUCAAGAGCCAGCCCGUGGAGGCCACCAUCUGGCAGGUGGGCAGCGGAGAAGGAAUCAGGAAGGUCUUAUCGGAAAUCAGCCUCGGAAAGGAAGUCACGGAGAUCCUAUCGGCCUGCUGGUCCUAUGAGCUGAGAGAACGCCCCACCUUCACGCUGCUCGCAGACAUGCUUGAAAAACUGCCAAAACUCAACAGAAGACUGUCCCACCCGGGGCACUUCUGGAAAUCUGCAGAGUAUGUAUCCUAGAGAGCCGUGUGGAGCCAGACGCUCACGCCUCCCCCCCCCCCGCACCCCUGCACGUGCUCUUUAAAAUGGACCGUAUCAUGACUCAAAGGAUACUCGGGAUGGACAGGGAAGCCCUGGCUUGCUUGCAGUGGUUUGGAUCCCUAUAUAUAGCUUGAGCGCUCCGCUGCGUGUACAGGACUUCUAACAUAUGGGAAGCCGCAGCCUAAUGCUGGACACUCCAGGGUAGAUAGAGCCACCCGAAAGGUCUUUGCAGUGAUGCAUAAUAACAUGCGGAAUACAGGUGUCCAUGCCCCUCUUGAGUGGGCUUACAGGGAUACUUGCAGCCGGAAGUAGACAAAAAACACUUGGAACCCUUAGCUGCAGGCGGUGAGAACCCCAGGAGGGUUCGCCUUAGUUGAGCCCCAGCCAUGGCAUCACACCGUACAAUGAUCAGGACCUUGUGGCCAGGGAGAUCUGCAUUGGCAGCAAAGGAGCCCAAAGGCGGAGCCAUGUUGGGAUGAGCAGGAGGCCGGGAUGGACCUGCUGCUCUGCUCCUGGCUCAUGUGGUGUCCUUGGGAACAGAGGAACUCUCGGGGAAUCCCUUGGGAAAAUCAUGUACUAAGCACUCUUGAGCAUAGAAUGGGUUCCUCGUUCUAGUUCCUGCAGCCCUGCUUUGAUCUUCUUCAAGUAUACUCAGCCAUGAUCCGUUCCCUCAUGUGGAAGGCUCUGUCAGUAUCAUUAAUGCAGAAAAACUCUUCUGAUCACAAGAAUUGUUCUGAAAGAGAAGAGGCUAUUAGGUCCAUCUAGCCUGAUUGGUAAUGAGUAAAUUGAUCCAGUGAUCUCAUCCAGCCGUUUCUGGAGAGAAGCCAGUGUACUGGCUAGCUUGUUCCAUACUCCCACAGAAGUGCCCCCUGUCCUAAACUCAGUCUCAGACCACACGUACAAGGGAACAGCAGGAUUCAUGAGAGCUGCCCGCGAACAGCUCCCGAGUUGGAGUGGUGUAUUGAGAGAUCAGCUUUGUGCUUCUUGUGCGAGUUAUGCUUGGGCCCACAGUCCCUAAGCUUGUCUUAAUGAAAAACUCCUUAUGGGGACAGGGAUAGAGGGGUGUCUACAAUCCCAGGAGUUCAGAGAUGUGGUUUUCCAUCAAAUACCCACCCAUCCUGAAGUCUGCUCUGUACCUCCUGGGUGUUUUCAGGCUCCUCUCCUCCAUCUGUGCAUGUCCACAUAAAAGCUCACCAGCCCUCAAGUGCUUUUUCACUCAUUCAGUUUUUUUUUUUAACUUAUUAAUCAGUUGGUUAUGGUGGAAUGAUAGAUGGACUGUAUCUAUACUCACCUAUACUCAAAACAGUAUUUUAGCAUUUGUUUUUUGUUUCCUAUCUUUGGAUUUCUGAUUUAUUUUUCUCCUCCCUUUUCUUUUUGUUUCUGAUUUGCCUCUUCUGUCUCUUUCCCAAAAUCUCCCACCGGCUUUCCUCUCCCUGGGCUGGGAAAUGGGAUGCUGCAUUCUGGCCUCCUGGUGCCAUCCUGUGCCCCUGCCUCCUGUGGACCCUGAUUCGUCCUGCCUCCAUCUCUCUCUCUCCAAACCCUUCAUUCCCCUGCAUUCCCCUGCUCCCCCAUGCCUCAACUUGCGCUCUUGUAAAUUCCUGUUCCCCACUGGAUUCCCUGCACGUUUUCGGUCUCCCCUUGCUUCACAAACCCUGAUCAUCUGAAGUCGAUGGCAUGACUCCUGCCUGAGGGGGCACUGUUGCCAGGGACUUCAUCUCUACUGUCCUGUCAUUUACAAAUAACUCUGUGUGAGGUGUGAUCAGUGCUGCGCACCCAAACCCCAGGGAUGUGGACACCUCAGUGUCUCCUGUCCCCGUCGUCCCCUGUAAACUCGGGGUGACUUUGGACUAGGCUAUAACAUGUCUUAAUAGGUACAGUAUUGUUGUCAUGUGCACCUUUUAAAUCAGCUGUAAAUACGUCUUACACACAGGAGUAUAGAUCAAGAUUCAAUUAAACAUUUGAGUAUGCUUAUUUGAAAGGAAAACCAGAAGACCCUGUGGCCACCUGAGACUCCGAGAUCUUAAGAUCUGACAUCCCCUUUCUGGACCUGAGCUGUCUUAGCCCAAAGCCCAGAAUGCCAGGGUUACUGGCAUUGAAGCCUAGUUCUGAAUGGCAGCGAUGCAGCCUAUACUGUCUGUGACAAGUCUGUCCCGAGAUAGCACAGGGGUAUAGGCAGGAUGCAGUCAAGCAUUAGUGUGAUUAAGAAGGUUUCAUACAGUUGUGCAGGGCAUGCUCGCACGUAGAGAAUUUCCACUGCCGAACGGCGGAGACAGGAAUUCUGUUCCGUUAGACAUCUGUACCUACAGUACACUGAACACUGAUCAGGCCCUCGUACCUCUUGCUCUGUCGUUUGACCAGCUGUGACCUAUCUAACACAAUCUAACCACUGGCUUUCCUUCUGUUUUUCUUCUUAAUAUAGGUUGUAGCUGUCGGUGCAAAACCUGGGUCUGCCUUGCAUGCUUUCAAAUCCUUAACUCUUUAAAAAAAAAAAGAAAAGCACUGCAACAGCUCCGCCUGAGACAGAAGCUGCUUCCACUAAUCCAAAAGCCUGAUCUUCCAUCUGUAACUUUUGGACAUGACAACAAUGGCAUUGUUUUUUUCUUCUUUCUUUGCUGCUUUCUCUCCGCCUUUGGUUUUUUGAGUCACAAGCUCUUUGGGAAGUGUCUAUGCUGACAAUUGUAAUACUGUUCUAAUAACUGACCUACAGUAUAAUAGUUACGGUUUGUUUUUUUGUACUAAAUCCUUUGCUCUGGAUUUCACCUGCUGAGGAGUAAUCAAAAAAAAAA